AUGGCUUCCCCGGCGGCGGCGGGGCCCGGCGCCGCGCUGCCCCCGGGCGCGGCGCGCCGCGACUUCUACUGGCUGCGCUCCUUCAUCGCCGGAGGUGUUGCAGGAUGUUGUGCCAAAACAACUACUGCACCCCUGGAUCGAGUAAAGAUUUUGCUGCAAGCUCAUAACCACCAUUACAAACAUCUAGGAGUGUUUUCUACACUGUGCGCUGUCCCCAAAAAGGAAGGUUACCUUGGGCUGUAUAAAGGAAACGGGGCAAUGAUGAUUAGAAUCUUUCCAUAUGGCGCAAUUCAGUUUAUGGCAUUUGACCAAUAUAAAAAGGUAAUAAAGAAGCAACUUGGGAUUUCAGGGCAUGUGCAUCGAUUAAUGGCUGGAUCCAUGGCAGGUAUUACAGCAGUGAUUUGUACUUACCCUCUUGAUAUGGUUAGAGUUCGUCUGGCGUUCCAAGUAAAAGGGGAACACAAGUACAUGGGAAUUAUCCAUGCAUUCAAGAUGAUUUACACAAAGGAAGGUGGUUUUAGUGGGUUCUACAGAGGGCUGAUGCCAACUGUUGUAGGAAUGGCGCCAUAUGCGGGUUUUUCAUUUUUUACCUUUGGUACCUUAAAGAGCAUUGGACUUGCUCAAGCACCUAACUUGCUUGGACGGCCUUCAUUAGAUAAUCCUGAUGUCUUAGUUUUGAAAACACAUGUAAAUCUGCUGUGUGGUGGCAUAGCUGGAGCAAUAGCUCAGACGAUAUCAUAUCCACUUGAUGUAACUCGUAGGCGAAUGCAGUUAGGAGCGGUUCUCCCAGACUCUGAAAAGUGCCUUACAAUGGUGCAGACACUGAAAUAUGUUUAUCAACAACAUGGAAUACGAAGAGGAUUAUACCGUGGUUUAUCUCUAAAUUAUAUUCGUUGUAUUCCUUCCCAGGCUGUGGCUUUUACCACAUACGAACUUAUGAAACAAUUCUUGCACCUCAACUAAUUUUUUUUUUAGAAGAAUUUCCUGUAAAACUAUAAUAUCAGUCCUCAAAUUAUAUUGGUGAAUAAAUUACUUGAAGCUUAAAAAAAAAAAAGCUAUCUGUUACUGUGGAGCUGCUGCUGUCUGACAUUUUUAUUUGCCAAAGUGUUGUUAAUUUCCUGGAGUCAAACCAGGAGACAAAUCAAAAUAAACAUUAGUUAGCUAUAAACAUUUUUUUUGCACUUGAUCUUCUAGGCAUCAUUAGAUUAAUGUUAAGAAUUACACAGUUUUAAAAUAACACCCAUAUUUUAUACGGGUUUCAAGCUGUUAGUUAUUUAGCUUUAUCACCAUUCCAGGAAUUACACACAUGGUUAUAUUGCUUUUUAAGCUAGUAGUUAGACAUCUGUUCUUCUUGAAAAAUUAAAUUGAAUCAACUGAUUUGAACAAAAUGCAAUGAUUUUCAUAUUCAAAUACUUGCCAGCUCUGUAGAAGCUGAACUCAGCAGACCACAACUUAAGCAGCUUUUCAUUCUUUUUUUUGUACAAGUUUUCUGUAUGCAAAAACAAUGCAUGUAUCUUCAGAUUGGUAUAUACGAAAGCCUCUUCAACCAUUUCAAUAAAAAAUGACGCUAUGUAUUUAAUGUUAUUAAAAAUCUUGCAAUGUGGAAACCCAUUUCUUGGCAUACACUCUAUUCUAAAAAAUGCUGUAUCUACACAAAUAAAACCAGGGGGAACUUUUACAGUGACAAGUGCUAGAAAAGAUCUCCUUAAGGCAGUUAGCAUUGGCCUAAUCUUACAAGGCAUUUCUGUACCUUUUCUGUGGAGCUGAGUGUUCUCGAUUCAGUUUAUUGAAGGCUGAGUAUUUUAUGUACUUUCCAGUACUAGCUCAUAUAAACAGGUUUGUCCCUACCUUAAAACAUGGUGACAAACAAGACUGCAUGCUGCUGCAUUUACUUAUUUAGGCACAUGGACCAUAUUCAACCUCUCGCGGAAGAAAAGAAAAUGAAGAUUGUAUUGGGAGUCUGUAGAUGUGUAUUUGUACUGUUUCUAAAGUAUGGUAUGCAAUAGACUAUUACAUGUUUUCCUCCUCCUACAGUUCCUUUUGUAGAGGGAAUGAUUUUCCAGACUUGUUUGUACAUGAUUUGCAUUGGUACCCUUGAUUUUACUCACUUGAUUCAGGAAACUGUAAAGCAUUCACUUAAGUGAUGUAAGUUAUUUAUUUAUUGUAAAUAUUUUAGCAGUGUCUUUUAAGAAUUGGUAAUGGUUACGUUAAGUGGUGGAUGGUAAGAUCGAUUUGCUUAAUUUUGACAAAUUUGACAAACUGGAUUUUGAGUUAUAUUCAAUACCAACUCAAUUUUUUUUUCCAGUUUCUUAAAAGUAUGUAUUUCUUUGAUAUUUAACAAUGUAGCUAUGGACAGAG